AUGAACCCCGCGGAAAUUGACAAGACACCAGCGUCAAAGCUCCUCAAAUCGGGCACUCAGAUAGCGCACGAUCUAGUGGCCGAGUCACCAACGGCGAUGAGGCUGCUCAGUGCACAGAUGCCUUUCUCCACGUUUGUUAAAUACACAAUAUGGCUUCAUGAGCUGUACGACACGCUCGAGACGUCGAUACAGAAGCUCAGUAGCGAUCCACACCUGUCACCGCUGAGCAGAUUAGACGUGCUAGCCCGAGCACCGGCUUUGAAGGGCGACCUGACAAACCUGCUAUCGCCCUCGAUGAGAGAGAGAGUUCUCUUGAAAGGGGAUGUGAGUUGGCGCGACCAUCCUUUUGCGAAAGCGGUCCUGUGUCAGCUUCCUAGCAGUCUCGAGAACUAUCGAGAGCGGAUCAGGACAGCUAGCGGGCUGCAGCUCGCUGGACACGCCUAUGUGCGAUACUUGGGCGAUCUAAGUGGUGGUCAGAUCAUACAGAGGAAGCUGGGUAAGGCGUACAAGCUGGAGGAGCUCGACGCGAAGCAGUUCUAUGAUUUCCCCCCGCUCGAUCCUGCUCAAGAAUACCCAGCUAACGCGGCUCAAGUGAAGAAGAUCAAAAGCUGGUUCAGAAGAUCACUCGACAUAAUCGCGCAGUCGGUGGAAGAGAAGACGAUACUGAUCGAUGAAGCUAGCAAGUCAUUCAUAUUCAACAGCGACUUGUUUAUCGACUUGGAGAAGCAUACAGUGGUAGCACCGGAACUGAACCAGUCAGGUAAGGAGCCAGUGGAAGAAUCAAUCAGAAUGAGCUAUGUUAGAGUACUGGUUGCGUUAUUACUGCUUGUUGUCAUCGGAUACUGGGUAUUGUAA